AAACAUAAAUUUGGAAGCGACGUUUAAAUCUCUCUCCCCGGUUUUUUUUUAUUUCUUCUCAAAUCGGCGAUGAGAAGUUUGGGAAUUGCGUCUCCGGCGACUUCAUCUGAGUUAGCUUCUGCUGUUCGCCGUUCAGAAAUUUGAGGGAAAGUUGCUGAAUCCUUGAAAUCAUUUGAUGAGAUGGUUCGAAGUGGAUAUCAUCCUGAUUUAAUUACUUAUGGCACAAUAGUAAAUGGUUUGUGCAAAAUAGGGAAGACUAGUGAGGCUGUUGGGUUGGUAAGGAGGAUGGGAGAAUAUGGUUUGCAGCCUAACAUUAUAAUAUACAACACAAUCAUUGAUCGCCUUUGUAAAGAUGGGCUUGUAACUAGGGCUGUAAAUCUCUUAUCUGAAAUGAUACGUAAGGGCAUCCUUCCGGAUUCUUUCACUUACAGCUCCUUAAUUCAAGCUAUUUGUAAACCAGGAAAGUGGGAUGAUGCUAAGAAUUUUUUGAAUGAGAUGAUCCUUAACAAAAUCAAACAAGAUGUUGUCAUUUAUAAUAUUUUGGUAGAUGCAUAUUCUAAAAAAGUUAUAUUUUCAGAGGCUCAAGGUGUAAUUAAAGCAAUGAUUGGGGAGGGUGUUGAGCCUGACGUUGUCCCAUAUAAGUAUAAUGCAUUGAUGGAAGGAUAUUGUUUGUGUGGUGAAAUGGAUGAAGCAAGAAAAGUAUUUGAUUUGAUAAUUGGCAAAGGGCAUGUGCCAAGUAGGAAGUUUUUGAUUGCAAAUGAACCUAUUAAAGAGAUGGUUGCUUAUGGUCAAGUUCCAGACUUGACAAGUUAUUCGAUUUUGUUGGAUGUCUUAUGCAAAAAUGGUCUCAUUCGCGAGGCAUUGGGACUAUUUCAAGUGAUGCAGAAGAAUGGAUUUCAUUUUAAUAUUGUCCAUUGUAAUUUCCUAAUUGAUGGUAUGUCUGAGGCUGGAUUGCUCAAUAUUGUAGGGGAAUUCUUUGGUGGACUCUCUUUGAAAGGCCCAUUGCCUAUUGCCCACACAUAUACUGUAAUGAUUAAAGGAUUUUGCAAAGCAGCAUUACCUGAUGAAGCAUUGGAACUGUUUCAGGCAAUGCAGAACAAGAAAUUUCAACUUAAUAUUUUCAAUUAUAAUGUCCUAGUUGAUGGUUUGUGCAAGGCUAGACAGAUCAAUAUUGCGAAGGAAUUCUUUGGUGGACUUUCUCUGAUACACCUUAGUCUUCACACAUACACUAUAAUAAUUAAUGGGCUUUGUAAAGCAGGAUUACCAAAUGAAGCAUUUGAGUUGUUCAAGAAAAUGGAAGGGGAUGGCUACUUGCCUGAUAGUUGUUCUUAUAAUACAAUGAUCCAGGGAUUCCCUCAAAACAAUGAUAUGUCAAGUGCUAGGCAACUCAAUCAAAUGGUGGAAAAAUUGCGGAGGCAUGAGCUUCUUCUGUUGGCGAAGAUGAGGAAUUGGAGAGGUGCUCUUGUUUCAACUUCUGCUUCUGCGUUGCCCUCUUCCUCAUCUCCUUCAGCUUCUACUAAUCGGCUUCGCAAAAUGGGUAACAUCAAAUCAGCUACUUCUCUUGCUUUGUUGCCUUUUCUCUCCUGUUUCAGUACUCUUUCUAAUUCCACCAGAAACAAACCCACAUUUGUAUUUGAUAAAAUUGAUGAUGCCCUGAAAUUGUUUGAUCGGAUGGUCCUAUGUUAUCCCCGUCCUUCUGUGGUGGAGUUUGACAAACUAGUAGGACUCUGCAAAGCAGGAGCACCUAAUGAAGCUUAUGAGUUAUUCAGGACAAUGGAAGAGGAUGACUGCUCACCAAAUGACUGCUCACCAAAUGACUGCUCUUAUAAUACAAUGAUUCGGGGAUUUCUUCAAAACAAGGAUACAUCAAGGGCAAGACAGCUAAUUGAUCAAAUGGUUGCUAAUGGAUUUUCUUCUGAUAUUUCUACAUCAGCCAUGGUAGUGGAUCUAUUAUUUAGUGGUGGAACUGAUCUACUAUGUAGUGGAAAAGUUGAUAGAAGUGAAAAGAUAACUGGAGCAGAUGUAAAAUGACUUGUUUCUUUCUUCAUGGUUGCUGCAGCCAAUUAUAGGAAUUUUCCAAACCAUAGGGAGUGAUAGUAACUUAUCAGUUUCCUGCUGGUAAGGCUGAGUCUUGCAACAGUGUUCCAUUUGAAGUCGUGAACAUGUACCAUGUCAGCUGCAACAAAUGGAAUGGAAGAAUGAAAAUCCUAGGGAUAGAAAAAAGUUGUGAACAUAGGAAGCCUGAGGCAUUAUGUUCUAUUUGCAUACUCAACAGCAAUCUAACUGGUAAGCUUCCCUCCUUUCUUUUUCCUGUUUCUUGCAUGAUUCCAGUCAUGCAUUCUUUCUAGAUUUUAAGGUCUCUGUCUGUUGUACUCUGUCAGUUUCUGUUCACCUCAAUAGUUAAGCAGUUCAAAAAAUGAAAAUGUGGUUUGUUGUUAUUUGGUGUUCUUAGCUUUUAGAGCUUCAGAACUCUUGUGCUUGAUUAGAUUCUUU